AUGGUGGUUGGAUUCCUAUUAUGUGUAGCUCUUGGUAUUUAUAUUCUCUUUUACUUUAAAUCUGAGGAAGAUGAUGGAACCGCCUAUCUAGAAAAGGUCGUUGUUGUGAUUGGAAUGAUCAUGUCCGUAGCGGUGGUGUUACUUUUACCUUUUGAUGCCGCAAACGCAACGGAUCCAACUGUAGAAAAUAAAUAUCAUAAUACCUUAAAUACUGUAUUAAUGUGGCAAAUCGUAUUAUGGAUGGCAGCUAUAAUGGCAGUGGUGGUGGUUCCAUUUGUAUUAUUCUAUUACGAGGCAUAUGAUCCGGAUAAGAAUAAACCCGGUAAACAGAUUAUACAAGGUGUACUUUAUACACUUGGGGUAUUUGGGAUUUUUGCGAUUUUGUGUGGAGCCUGUUAUGCUACUAUUGGUGUAGCGCAAGUUCCUCUUCAAACAUAUGAGGCGUAUCCACAAUUAAAUGUAAAUGUAGAGUCUGUUUUAUAUAAUGGAAGUAGUAUAGCCUCACGUGCACAGAUUGGAGUUAGUUUCUUUACCUAUUGUGUAGGGAUAUUAUGUUUCUUUGGUUGGAUUGCCUUUUUCUUCUAUGGAGGAGUGGGAUUAGUUUCUUUUCCCAUUGAUCUUAUUUCAGGUUUUAUUAAACGUCCAAAGGCGAUUUCGGCUUCUCGCUUUGCGCAGGAAAUGGCCGUCAUCGCUGCGAAGGGAGAUGCCUUAUUGGAAAUGGCUUUGGAAAUGCAAAAGGCCACAAGAGGAACAAUUUCAAGAUCUAUGCAAAAUAAAAUUAAUAUUUUACGAAAUGAAACGUAUAUAUUAGAAGCUCAACAGGAUCAAUUAAUAUGGGCGUAUACAAAAGCUGGUGGAUCGCCUUUUAUUGUAUAUGGACGAUUGGUACUUGGGAUUAUAUCCGUUGGGUUUAGUGUGGCUUGGGUAUUACAUAUAUUCCUUUAUAAUCAAUUUGAUCAAAGCCCAUUUUUAAAUACAAUCCUUACCAAGUUAGAUGGUGUAUUUGCACUUUUUGGUAUUAUUGCCUAUGCGGUAUUAACUUUUUAUCUUAUGUGGAUAACAUUUGAAGGACAAGUACGUCUUGGGAUGCGACUUGUUUUUUUUCAAAUUCAUCCAUUAAAGCCACAUGAUACAACGAUGAAUUCACUUCUUUUUAAUGUUUCUAUUUCACUUCUCACAAGUUUUGCCGUUGUGGAGUUUGUAUCUCGUUCAUUUCGUGAGUAUAGUCCACGUACAUCUAUUAAUGCCUUAAUGAAUGUAUACGUUUUACGUUUAAAGUUCUUUGGAGAUGUUAUUUGGUGGGCACAGUUCUGUCUUCUUGGUGUUUCUCUCUUAUCACUUGUGUGGGUUAUUCUCUGUCCUGUGCAUAGACGACAUAAGGAUCUCACAAAGAUUCGUAUUAACUCUUAA